AUGGAAGGGGAUGGUUCCGACUCGCUGGUUACCAUUAAGAAUAUCGAAAGAGAGCUCAUUUGCCCAGCAUGCAAGGAGCUGUUCACCCAUCCGCUGAUUCUCCCUUGUCAACACAGUAUCUGUCAUAAGUGUGUAAAAGAGCUCUUACUGACCCAUGAUGACUCAUUCAAUGACGUGGGAUCGGACAACUCCAAUCAGAGCAGUCCUCGACUUCGGCUCCCGUCCCCUAGCAUGGACAAAAUUGACAGAAUUAGCAGACCAGGCUGGAAGCGUGGUUCCCUGACCCCUAGGACAACCACUUUUCCUUGCCCUGGCUGUGAGCACGAUGUGGAUCUGGGAGAACGAGGAAUCAGUGGUCUGUUCCGCAAUUUCACUUUGGAAACUAUUGUUGAGAGGUACCGGCAGGCCGCAAGGGCGGCCACGGCCAUCAUGUGUGACCUCUGUAAGCCGCCACCGCAGGAGUCCACCAAGAGUUGCAUGGACUGUAGCGCGAGCUACUGCAAUGAGUGCUUCAAAAUUUACCACCCUUGGGGUACGGUGAAAGCUCAGCACGAGUACGUGGGUCCAACCACUAACUUUAGGCCCAAGAUUUUAAUGUGCCCAGAACAUGAAACGGAGAGAAUAAACAUGUACUGUGAGUUAUGUCGGAGGCCAGUUUGUCAUCUCUGUAAGUUGGGCGGUAAUCAUUCCAAUCACCGGGUGACCACCAUGAGCAGUGCCUACAAAACCUUAAAGGAAAAGCUUUCAAAGGAUAUUGAUUACCUUAUUGGCAAGGAGAGCCAGGUGAAGAGUCAAAUUUCUGAACUAAACUUGCUAAUGAAAGAAACAGAGUGUAACGGAGAGAGAGCAAAAGAAGAAGCAAUCACACAUUUUGAGAAGCUCUUUGAAAUCCUAGAAGAGAGGAAAUCAUCUGUUUUGAAAGCAAUUGAUGCUUCCAAGAAGCUAAGACUAGACAAAUUUCAGACUCAAGUGGAGGAAUAUCAGGGGCUUCUAGAGAACAAUGGGCUGGUGGGAUAUGCCCAAGAAGUGCUUAAGGAGACGGAUCAGUCCUGUUUCGUACAGACAGCGAAACAGCUCCACCUCAGAAUACAGAAAGCUACAGAAUCUUUGAAGAGCUUUAGACCCGCGGCUCAGACUUCUUUUGAAGACUAUGUUGUUAAUACAUCUAAACAAACAGAACUUCUUGGAGAAUUGUCCUUUUUCUCUAGUGGCAUAGAUGUGCCAGAGAUCAAUGAGGAACAGAGCAAAGUGUAUAACAAUGCUCUGAUCAACUGGAACCAUCCCGAGAAGGAUAAAGCGGAUAGCUAUGUUCUUGAAUAUCGGAAGAUUAACAGAGAUGAAGAAAUGCUGUCGUGGAACGAGAUUGAAGUGUGUGGCACGAGCAAAGUCAUCUCAGACCUGGAAAGCAAUUGUAACUAUGCUUUCCGAGUGAGAGCCUACAAGGGUUCGAUCUGCAGCCCUUGCAGCAGGGAGCUGAUCCUCCAUACCCCUCCAGCUCCAGUUUUCAGUUUCCUCUUUGAUGAAAAAUGUGGCUAUAAUAAUGAACACCUCUUGCUGAACUUGAAGAGAGACCGCGUAGAGAGCAGAGCUGGGUUUAAUCUCCUGCUUGCCGCGGAGCGCAUCCAAGUAGGUUAUUACACAAGCCUGGACUACAUCAUUGGAGAUGUUGGAAUUACCAAGGGGAAGCACUUCUGGGCCUUCCGUGUGGAGCCGUAUUCAUACCUGGUCAAAGCAGGAGUAGCUUCCAGUGAUAAACUACAGGAAUGGCUCCGUUCUCCCCGUGAUGCCGUUAGCCCAAGAUAUGAGCAAGACAGCGGCCAUGACAGUGGAAGCGAAGAUGCGUGCUUUGAUUCCUCACAGCCGUUCACAUUGGUCACCAUAGGCAUGAAGAAGUUCUUCAUCCCCAAGUCCGCCACUUCUGCCAAUGAACCUGAGAACAGAGUUCUCCCCAUGCCCACAAGCAUAGGGGUUUUCCUUGACUGUGAUAAAGGCAGAGUGGCUUUCUUUGACAUGGAUCACAUGAAAUGUUUGUACGAGCGCCAGGUGGACUGCUCGCACACCAUGUACCCAGCAUUUGCAUUAAUGGGCAGUGGAGGAAUUCAGCUUGAGGAACCCAUCUCGGCAAAAUACCUGGAAUACCAAGAGCACAUGUAGUUUAAGCAUCAGUGACUUAAGGUGGAAAAGGGAAACGGAAUAAUGCCUUGGUGUUAACCUUCCUAACUAAUUACAUAUCAUCUAAGUAGUCCGUGGCCACA